UGCCCAUAAACCAAACUGGAGUUACAGGUACCUUUAUAGCCGCACCCGCAACAUGCAGAAACGGCAGCAUCAGUAUGGUCUUUCUUUGUAAUCCUGCACGAUCACAGCAGAAUCGCCGCGGGUUUUCUUUAACAACAGCCAGCCUAAACCACUGCCCAUAUAAGGGACAGAGCAGAGGCAAUCACAGCAGCGGCGGCGGCGGCGGCGGCGGCUAAAGAAAGAAACUUCCUCCUCUGCCUCUUUCACACAGAGCAGUUGCAGUGACACCCUUUGGCUCGGCAUGGCGAUCCCGCUCCAGGGUAAGGCGGCGCGGCAGCAGCGGGAGGACGGGAAGGGCGGGGGCCAGGUGGACGCGGGCGGCGACGACCAGCCGUCCGCAGCGGCGGAGCUGCGGGCGCUGUGGAGCAUGGCGGCGCCGAUCACGGCGCUCAACUGCGUCGUGUACCUGCGGGCGAUGGUGUCCGUGCUCUGCCUCGGCCGCCUCGGCCCGCUCGACCUCGCGGGCGGCGCGCUCGCCAUCGGGCUCACCAACAUCACGGGCCACAGCGUGCUCUUCGGCCUCGCGUCGGGGCUCGAGCCGCUCUGCGCGCAGGCCUUCGGCUCCCGCAACUACGACCUCCUCACCCUCUCCCUGCAGCGCGCCAUGCUGCUGCUCCUCAUCGCCGCGGUGCCCAUCGCGCUGCUCUGGCUGAACGUCGGCCCCAUCCUCGUCGCGCUCGGCCAGGACCCCACCAUCUCCGCCUCCGCCGCGGCCUACGCAGCGUACGCGCUCCCGGACCUCGCCGCCAGCACCGUGCUCCAGCCGCUGCGAGUGUACCUCCGCUCGCAGGGCAUCACCAAGCCCAUGGCUGCCUGCUCCGCAAUCGCCGUCGCGCUGCACGUCCCGCUCAACGUCCUGCUCGUCUUCGGCCUCGGUUUCGGCGUGCGCGGCGUCGCGGCCGCGCAGGCGCUCACAAACACCAACAUGGUGCUGUUCCUCCUCGCGUACAUCAAAUGGGCGCGCGCGUGCGAGGACACGUGGAGGGGCUGGGCGCGCCCCGCGGCGGUGGCCAGCGGGCUGGCCGGGCUCGUCAGCCUCGCCAUCCCCAGCUGCGUCGGCGUCUGCCUCGAGUGGUGGUGGUACGAGGUGGUCACCGUGCUCGCCGGGUACCUGCCGAACCCCGCCGCCACUGUCGGCGCCGCCGGCGUGCUCAUCCAGACCACCAGUCUCAUGUACACCGUUCCCAUGGCGCUCGCGGCCUGCGUAUCUACCAGGGUGGGCAACGAGCUGGGCGCCGGCAAGCCUCGUCGGGCGAGGAUGGCGGCGAUUGUGGCGCUCGGGUGCGCGCUGGUGAUCGGCGUCAUCCACGUGGCCUGGACCGUGGCGUUCAGCCGGCAGUGGGUGCGUCUCUUCACGACGGAGGCAUCGGUGGUGCGGCUGGCCUCCGCGGCGAUGCCCAUCAUCGGGCUGUGCGAGCUGGGCAACUGCCCGCAGACGACGGGGUGCGGCGUGCUGCGCGGGACCGCGCGCCCGGCCGUCGGCGCGCGCAUCAACCUGCUCUCCUUCUACCUCGUCGGCACCCCCGUCGCCGUGUACCUGGCGUUCGGCGCCCGGGCCGGGUUCCGCGGGCUCUGGUACGGCCUGCUCUCUGCGCAGGCCGCGUGCGUGGCGCUCGUCCUCGCCGCCGUGGUGUGGCGCACCGACUGGCACGUCGAGGCGCUGCGCGCCAAGAAGCUGGCUGGCCUCGAGCUCGCGACGGCCACCACCACCGAGGAGAGCAAGCGCCUCGUGGCUGUCAACCGCGAGCCGCCAGAGGACGUGUAGUGUAGCGCGCACUGGGUAGCUGCUACGACUAGCACCUGCGGCUUCCAGCGGAUUGGCGACUCGUCAGAGUCAAAUUCGUUGCCUUUUUGCUAGCUUUUGUGUCGUGUGCAGCUUCAGCGCAGGGCAGGGGCCUUGAUAGCUUCUGCUGGAUCGUUUCGUUCGUAGCCGACGCCGAGCACAUUGAUUAGCUAUGGUGGUGGUGAAUCAACGGUGAAUCGGUGAUGGUGGUGGUGGUGGAUGUCGCAGCUCGCAACUAGCACCCACAAGUUGCUUCUAGCAGCGUAGCAAGUGGUGACCAUGUUGCGUUGAGAUGUUUUGUGCUUGGAAAAUGACCUACCCAGCUAGCCAUGACCCAUCAGAGUUCCGAACCUAUCUACAUAGCAGCACUGCAGCAGUCACUUGAGAUAACGCAUGGGAUGGCGACGCCUUCCAAAGGAGGCUCUGCCUUUGCCGAAUCGCAAUCGCUUAUUUGUGCUGCACACUGCACUAGAGAAGAAGAGUUGCUAGCACGCACUAGUGUUCACCUGGGGCUGUGUUGUAGAGGCCAGAUGCCAUCAGUGUCUCAAAUGGAUCCUGUUCUGUUGCCUUUUUUCUAAACUAUAAUUCUACUGGCUA